CCGGUCCCUGACUCCACUUGCCUCCAGGUGCCCAGAACAGGCCAUCGUGGGCCCUUCACCAUCCGCAAGUGGACAGCGUUUGUCCUGCUGGGGCAGGAUGGAGAUGGAUGAGGACCCGGAUACCCUGCCUGCCCAGGGGCAAGGCAACACCAUCAUUACUAAGUAUGAGCAGGGACACCGAGCUGGGGUAGCCGCGGAUAUGGGGAAUGAGCAGGUCAACAUCAGGAAAUACAUGAAUCACCUCGGGAUUGUGCAUGAGACGGAACUGCCCCCGAUAAGAGCCCUGGAGGUGAAGCAAAGACGUAAGGAAAGUAAAUGUACCAACAAGUGGCGAAAGAUGCUUGCAGACUGAACAAAAUAUAGGAGCAGCAAGAAGCUGUCUCAAAGAGUAUACAAAGGCAUCCCCCUGGUGGUGCGGGGCCAGGCAUGGUCACUUUUGCUUGAUAUUAACAAAGUCAAGUCCCAGAAUCCAGGCAAAUAUAAGGUCAUGAAGGAGAAGGGCAAGAGGUCCUCCAGGAUCACCCACCGCAUCCAGCUAGAUGUCAACAGCACCCUGCAGAACCACAUGAUGUUCAUACAAAGAUUUGGAGUCAAGCAGCAGGAAUUAUGUGACAUCCUCGUGGCCUAUUCUGCAUAUAACCCUGUGAGUAUUCCUGGGCAGCGAUAUUCCUGGGCCAUGUACCCAUAUUCACAGGCAUGGGUGUCUCUUGGGGGUGUCGGCACUUCUUGAAAAUUCAGUGUUCGUGACCCACCAGCACGUAGUAGGCAGGACUCAA